UAAUGUUAUCAAGCUCACAAAAAUCCUAAGUUUAUAAAAGAACUUCUUAUUUGACUGAAUCAGGUUCUUAGCCCAUUACAGCCAGACCUUAAUCAACUUAUGUUAGUACAUUAGAAAAGAAAGAACUUAGAAGGUACAUUUAUUUCUUAUUAGAUAUCCUACUGAAUGGGCUGAAUAGGUUGAUAAUAAAACAGACAAUAGAUUUCAUCAUGUUAUCCUUAAUUAAAGUAAGGCUGAGCAUAAUCCUAAUUUGGCAUCUCCUAGUAAAAUAUUCGGAUUGACAGAAAGGUUAAUUUUACAUUCUAUUUCAAUAGUCGUCGAUUGAACACAUAAAAUGAUGAUUUACUAUCAGCUUUCAGAAAAAAAAAUUAAUCUUUAAGCAAUCUAGGAAGUUGGUAAUUCAAUAGCACUCCUGUAGCUAAUCAAUCAUCAAAUACUUAAACUAAAUCAUCAACAACUUAAAAACAAUAACCAAUGUUAACAAGAAAAUUAGAUUAAUCUGUUCCUCUUAGAGAUUUACUCGAAUUAUCAAGAUAAUUAGAUUAGGCUACACCAGAUGAGAUAAAAUAAUUAUCAAAAGGAUAUGUUAAUGAACUCGUCUAAUUAUAAUAGACUAUCACAAGAUCCUUAAAAUAUGUUAAAAGAUGAG